AUGGCAUCCAGAAUUUCUCGGAUUACAGGAGUUAGGUCGAUGAGACCGAUGCUCUAUUCGCUUAAUGCUAAGCGAUCACUGUCUUCCACCGCAGUGAAGCUGGCAAACACGGGCGCAGAUGCGAAGCCGGCACCGAACGGCAACGGCAAUAAAGGGACUACGCAUUUCGGAUUCAAAGAUGUGCCUGAAGAAGAGAAGGAGAUCUUGGUCGGCGAAGUGUUCUCAUCAGUCGCAAAGUCCUACGAUAUAAUGAACGACGUGAUGUCGCUUGGAAUUCAUCGUCUCUGGAAGGAUCAUUUUGUGUCCAAGCUAGACCCUGGGCGUCGGCCAGGCGGCGAGCCGCUCUCGAUUCUCGACGUUGCCGGCGGCACCGGCGAUAUCGCGUUCCGCAUGCUUGACUGGGCCUCAGAUGUUCACAACGAUCAUCAAACAAAGGUUCUGGUCACAGACAUCAAUCCUGAUAUGCUUGGAGAGGGAAAGAAGCGGUCGCUGAGCACCAAAUACGCUGAUGGUAUGUGCACAGAAUUACGUUUACAACGUAUAAGAUAUGAUGAGCUAACAUACCAUAAUAUCGAAGGAUCGCGCAUUUCGUUCCUGGUCCAGAACGCAGAAUUUUUGGAUUCUGUGCCGGAUAAUUCGCAGGAUCUCUACACAGUCGCGUUUGGUAUCCGUAACUUCACAAACAUUCCCGCCGCGUUGAAGUCGGCGCACAGAGUUCUCAAGCCCGGCGGAGUCUUUGCCUGCCUCGAGUUCAGCAAGGUCAACUUUUCGCUUUUCGACAUGGUCUACCAGCAGUACUCAUUCAACGUUAUUCCUCUCAUGGGCCAGUUGAUUGCGGCCGAUAGAGACUCGUACCAGUACCUGAUUGAGAGUAUUCAGCGGUUCCCGGAUCAGGAAACUUUUGCUCAGAUGAUUCGCGACGCUGGAUUCGAAACUUCGGGACCGGGAUACGAGAAUCUGACGAUGGGAAUUGCUGCGAUUCAUAUUGGCGUGAAAGCUUGA